AUUUUCAAUAUUCUAUCGCCUGAAGGCAUUCACGUUAAUUUGGAUGAAGUGACUCCACUCCAAUUUCAGAUUUCCUGUCUUUCCGGAUAACUCUUAGAGAAAACAUCACCAGAUUGUCCUCUGAUGUCAUGGAUAUCCAGAAAGGGACUGCAAGGUUUAGCAUGAAGUCGUUUCAAGAAAAGAUGAACAAGUUAAAACGAGAUUUAAAGGAAACAGAGGACAAAGUAAACGAGGUUAAGAAAGAGACAUUGGCGGCAAGAUGGAGAGAGCAUGACGCCAAGCUUAAAAUGAAGGAAAUGUCGGAAAAAAUAUCUGAUACUGAAGAGCAAAUAAGAAAGAUUGAGAGCCGUAUUGCGUACCAGAACGGUCGCAGGAAAGAAAUUGCCGAGAAAUUUCGAGAAAACGGGCGAGUUAAAAAUGUGUUGGAAGGAUCGGCCAUCGACGUAGAGGAACUGAUGCGUAAACUACACGACGCUCAGCAACACACGAUGGAAGUGAGGAAAAUGAACAAGGGAAUGCAGAAAGUAGUGGCCAUCCUAGAGCCUAAGAUCGAAAACGCCGAGCGCCGCGAACAGAAGGCCAUUGAUCGAGCAUUUUUGAUCAGCCAGAAGCUGACAGUUCAUCGUUAUCUGGCAGAGAAAAGGCCUGAAGGAUUUCCAUCACCCGAGGAAGAUUUGAUCCCUCAGUCAGACCAAGAGACCAGAAUUGUAGGCCUCAGAGAGAAAAUUAAAGCAGCCAUUCUACGCAGAAGGCAAGCAGAAAAGAAGAGAUAUGCUUUGGAAAGGAAAAUUCAGGUUAUCGAAGAAGCGUUGGAAAACUACAAGAGACGUAAUUUGCAAUUUCAAAUUAGUAAACGGGAACUUCUAAGCUCUAACUUUUACUAGGUUUCCCUCUUCUUCCCCUAGCUGGAUAGCUUGGCAUUGAUCAGAAAGUUUCUUGGUUCCAGCUGUUUUGAAAAUUUAUCAUAAGUUUCUUGAUUGAUUAACCGAAAACAUAGCACCACAUUGAUGUAAACUGACAUGUUGUGAGACUUUGCCUUGUCAGUGUAGUUCAGCUGUCCGUUGAGAGAAGUAGUGUAAGGAAUUAUAACAUGUUCUAAGGUGCGAUUGUAUCAUUACAAGAGGCUAAAGUAGCUUUGGGAAUUAUAUUGUGGAUCGACGGCUCAAUCAGGGUCAAAUAAUUUUAAAUGCUAAUAAUCUGUAUGUAGACUUUCAAGGUUUCUUUCUUUGAUGUCCUGAGUUUAUUUGAAUACCAAAAUAAACAAACAAAUGGCUGUGCAGUCAAUUUUAACAAA